AUGUUUGUCAAUGGUCGUCCAUUACCGGAUACAACACGUCAACGUAUUAUCGAGUUAGCACAUUCUGGUGCACGUCCAUGUGAUAUAUCACGUAUACUACAAGUAUCUAAUGGUUGUGUUUCGAAAAUUCUAUGUCGUUAUUAUGAAACUGGUUCCAUACGACCAAAAGCAAUUGGUGGAAGUAAGCCGAGGGUUGCUACAAAUGCUGUGGUCACAAAAAUUGAUAUUUAUAAACGUGAAUGUCCAUCAAUAUUUGCUUGGGAAAUACGUGAUCGAUUAUUACAAGAAGGUGUAUGCACACCGGAUAAUAUACCUAGUGUCUCAUCAAUUAAUCGAGUUCUUCGUAAUUUAUCCAAUGAAUCACAAAGACAGCUGACAUCAGCUGCUGCAGCGGCUGCUGUAGCUGCAGCUGCUGUCGCCGCCCAAGCUGUUGUACACAGAAAUGGAGUGAAUUCAACUGGAAUCAAUGCUGCCAAUAGAAAUAAUCAUAAUCUAUCAACACAAAAUUAUUUAACCAAUAUGAAAUGUGAUUUACAUGGUUUAACAAAAUCAUUUAUGCCAUCAAUGUUUAAUUUUACAUCAUAUCAUGUAACAAACAAUGAUAAUACAAGUAGUAAUAAUAAUAAUAAUAAUAAUAAUAAUAAUUUAUUUAGCAUGCCACCUUCUAUACCUCAAUUCUAUAAUCAACAGAAUUCAAAUUUCAAUAGACAUUCUACUAAUUGUUUUAAUGAUCAAAAUGCUAUUGAAUCACGUAGAACUAUACCGAACACAUCACAUACACAUUCAACGAAUACAAUUUAUUCUAAUCUAAAUAAUAAUCUCAAUAAUAAUAAUAAUAACAAUUCACAUUCACCGACAAUAUCUUAUUUUCAAACAGGAACUAGUAUAAACAAGCCAGUACCGUCAAAUUUUAAACAUGACCAUUUACAACCAAUGCGUUUAUCAUAUGAUAAAUUUAAUGAUUUAUUAAUGCCUACUACAUCAGGCACAUCAUCACAAACAUCAUGGGCACAAGCAUGGUAUACAGCAGCAGCUGCUGCCUCAGCAAAUAAUGUUUAUUCUAAUUUAUAUAAUUCAUCAAAUUCAUUAAAUCAAAAAAAUGAAUUUCAACAUGAAAGACAAUUUUCACCUUCAUUAAAUUAUUUAAAUCAUUGUGGAUUUAGUGGAUUUUAUCAAAGUCUUGAAAAUGCAGUGAAUUCAGUCAGUGAUACGAAUUUAGGCAUGAAGUGUUCCGAGAAUGUAGAGAUCAAUAAUGAACUAGAUGCGCGAAGUUUAAAUGAAUCAUCACCGCAAUGUUCUGAUCAUCAUCAACAACAGCAACAUCACCAUCAUCGUCAUCCUCAAGAGAAAAUAUCUAUGCUAUCACAUCAAUCUCUGCAUAAUGCAUUGCCAGCAUACAAUGAAAACAGUUCACCAAUGCAUCAAUCAUUAUUAUCAAAUAAUUUUGAAUCGAAACACGACACCAAAUGGUCAUUCAAUACAGAUUUAUUAUGUCAUCAUAACAACAGUCAGCAUCAUCAACAACACCAGCAUCAAACUGUACAUCAACAAACUGAAAACCAUCAGAGAUUGAAUACUAAUUUAUUUAAAUCUGAGACAGAAGAAUUUAAACAAUUAGUGUCAUCUCUAGAUGAUAAAGAAAAGACUUAUCGACAGAAAAGAAAAUUUCCAAUAAACCCAUUGUUUACUUAUGAAAAUAUAAGUAAUAUAAAUGAGAACACGGUAAAUUUUAUGCAAUCCAAUAAAGAUGAUUUUAUUAGCACAAAUUCACACAAUUAUUUAUCACGUAGAGAUAUACAAAGUAUUGAUGAACAAUCAUUUUCUCAUGUACAUGAUGUGCAUAGAAUGAAUGAAUCGCAAGUGGGCAUUGAUGAUGAAGAAGAUGAUGAUGGUGAUGACGUUGAAGAUGAUGAGUGUGUAGAUGACACAGUUAAUUGUAAUACAACUAUUAGCUCAGUAUCAACUGCUUCAUGUAGUAAUAAUAACAGUAUAAAUCAAUCGUUAUCAUUGUCUUCUGUGAAAGAUUUAAAUUCAAAGUUAACAGCAAAUCUAUAUCUUAAACAAAUAACCAAUUCCAUAGAAAGAAACGUUGACAGUGAAACUUGUUCAUAUAAAAAUUCUGUCAAUGAAAAUCAAAUUAAUUGUGAUAAUGAUUUCACAGAAAAUAAUCAGUUACUUGUGAAAAGAGGAUUAAAUUCAGAAUAUUUUGAGCGAGAAUUCACUGAAAACUUUACAAGAAAAUUAAAACAAAUCAAUUCAGGCCAUCAAUAUGAACAACAAUAUGAACUGAUGAAAAUAAAUCGAAUGAAUGAACUUGUACAGGGGAAUCACAACAGCCAGACAACUUUACAACCACCAACAUCAUCAUCAUCACCGACAACAACAACAACAACGUCAACUUCAUCAUCAGGAAGAAUAACAACAACACUCACAGAGAAUAUGAAUAAAUGUAUACAAUUUACUAAUAGUAAUAAUGAUCUUAUUACUAAUACCACUACUGAUACUACUAAUACUACUACUAGUACUAGUAACAUGACUGCCACUAAUACAAAGACUAUUACUAAUAGUAUUAAUAGUAGUAAUAUACUAAAUGAAAAAAAUAAUUUUAUGUUAAAUCAAUUAAAUACACAAUUUUAUCAUCAUGAAUUAAAUGAAACACAAGAAACAUUUUUAGAAACAUUACAUUCACAUCAAAUACAACAAUCAAGAGAAAUAAUUAAAAAUAAACUCUUUCUUGAUGCAGAUAAUUCAAAUCUGUGUGCGAAAACAAUCAAUAAAAGACCAAAUAGUAUUACAGCUAUUGUUCAAUCCACGUCAGCAUCAGCAUCAUCAGGAUCAGUAUCAUCAGUAUCAUCGUCAAUUAGUCCUAAAUCUGAAUUGAAUGAAAGAUCAAAUUCUGUGUUAAGUGAAUUCAAUUUAUCACAAAUAAUAAUGAAUGAUGAAAAAUAUCCAAAUAUUAAACAGAAACAACAACACCGUCAUCAUCAUCAUGAUCAUGAGGAGCAACUUCAGCAGCAACAGCAUCAGCAACGUAGUCGUACUUCAUUUUCUAAUCAUCAAUUAGAAGAACUUGAAAGAGAAUUUGAACAUACACAUUAUCCUGAUGUAUUUUCUCGUGAAAAAUUAUCCAAUCGAAUACUACUACCUGAAACACGUAUACAAGUUUGGUUUUCUAAUAGACGUGCAAAAUGGAGACGUGAAGAAAAAUUACGAAUGAAACAAUUAGCUUCAAGAAAUCAACAAAAAUCAAUUCAUCAUCAUUCUCAUGAAUAUCAUAAUAAUGACAAUAAGAUCAUUUCAUCCAUAGCAAGUCAAACAAUCACAUCAACAACAAAAUCUAUUGUUAAUACUACAUCUACCAUUGAUAUUGAUGAUAAUAAUUUAAAAAAUAAAAUCAAUAAUUCUUCCAGAACAAUCGACAUCAAUCAUUCAACUAGUUCAGUUUAUUCUGACAUUUCAACUAAGAAUAACAAGAAUACUAGUAAUCUACAUAGUAUGACUAGUAGCAUUGAUCAUGUAUCCAAUAGAAACAUUGAUUAUGGAUUAACUGAUUUACUUAGAUUACAAGAUGAGCAUAAAAUUCAAUCUUCUAAAGUUACUACUAUAAAAGGUAAUAAAUUAAAUGAUUACUUAACAUUAUCAUCUACCAGGUAUUCUUCAACUAAUGAUUUAUUAAUUAAAAAGACUAUGGAUGAACGAUAUAAUCAUGAACAUUUUCAACAACAUCAUCAUAAUCCUUUUUAUCAUCAAACAGAAGAAGAGAAACAUUGGUCUUAUUUACAUCAUCCACAACAACUCCAACUCCAACAACAACAACAACAACAUGUUCAACUUCAAUCACAAAAUAAUUUGAAUCAAUCAUCCAUGUUUGAAUAA